CUUGAACAAGCGCGGAAUUAUUGUCCUGUCGAACUUUAUGUAAAUAUCUUUUUAAACCUGGAUUUCACAAAUGUUAAUUGAAAAAAAUCGGGAACCAACUUUACCUGCUUCAGAGUCGUCUGAACACCAAACAGAUUAUAAUCCCAGCACGACUGAAACAACUAAUCAAUCUGCAGACAAUCCUGGGCCUUGUCUAGAUAGCACCGCACGUAAAGCUGAUGGGAUGAGCGAUAGUGAUUUUGACGAACGGGAUGUUUCGGUAGAAGAUGAUGACAGUAUUCCUCCAGAGGAAGAUGCUGCUGACGAGGAAGAAGUAUCAAGUCUCAUGAAAGAAAGUCAAAUGUCAUUAGAUGAACUUUUAGCUACAUACGGAAUUCCUGCAAACCUUCACGGGAAAGACGGCGACUCUGUUGCAGUUUCCUGUAGCAACAUUUCCAGAGGUAAAUCUGGGCGCUUAAAAAGCAUUCGACACACUGUUACUCCUUCAAGUUUAGCUUCAUUACAGGAGGAAUCAGUAUCAUUACCUCCAGCUAAGAAGUUUCGUCGUGCUGCUCACAUAUCUCUCUGCUUAAAUAUUGGAAAUAAUGAUAUUUCUACAGGAGGAACUAGACUAGUAUCAUCAGCUGAUCACCCAACCAUUCGUUCAUCGUCAGAUAUUGAUGCAUUGGUUGAUAAAAACAAAGUCGAUACACCUCCAUUACGUUGUCUCACUGUAUUUCCACAUCCACACUCAGUCCCUUGUUCGCAUAGCACCAGUCCGGUGUCCAUAGAUAUAUCAUCUUCCGAUCCUCCUUCAGCCACUGCAACUUCUAAUUAUUCAAAACAGCAUGCCUCAGAAGACUCAAUUUAUUAGUCGCAAAAGCUCAUCGCGUAGUCAUCUACUUAGGUCCCGCUCAAAAUCUAACCUAGCUACCCAUACUUCUGAAUUAUUGGACAGUGCAACCCCACAUGAAGAGAAUCAGUUGGAGGAAGAGGAUGUUGAUACAAGUGUGCCUAACUUUGAGCUGGAUGUAGAGAAUCAUUUCCAGAAAAAUGAACAAACUACUGACGAUAAGUUUGAAGUCAACCAAGAUU